GAAGGAGGGAGACGGUUGUAGGGCUCGUGCUGGUGCCCGAGCUUGGGCGGCCUGAGGGGCGCGGAGUCUCGGUGAGCAGGGAGACGGCAGCAGCAUGGCGGCCGGGUAUGAGCCGCCCAGCCCUUUUCAUCCUCGCUGUCGCCGCCGCCGACGGAGUCGCUGGGACCCAUUGGUCUGCGUGUGUUAGUUGUAAGCCCGCUGCCCGCCCGUCAGCCCUGCGGUCCACCGGCCCUCCUUCCUUUCACCGCCACUGCCAGCCCAAGGGUAGGGCUGGCGAGUAACUCCUACUCCUACCCCACCUACCAGCCCGCCGGCUGGGAUCAUGGAGGACGUGAAGCUGGAGUUCCCCUCGCUCCCACAGUGCAAAGAAGACGCCGAGGAGUGGACCUACCCUAUGAGACGAGAAAUGCAGGAAAUUUUACCUGGAUUGUUUUUAGGCCCAUAUUCUUCUGCUAUGAAAAGCAAGCUACCUAUACUACAGAAACAUGGAAUAACCCAUAUAAUAUGCAUAAGACAAAAUAUUGAAGCAAACUUUAUUAAACCAAACUUUCAGCAAUUAUUUAGAUAUUUAGUCUUGGAUAUUGCAGAUAAUCCAGUUGAAAAUAUAAUACGUUUUUUUCCCAUGACUAAAGAAUUUAUUGAUGGGAGUUUACAAACUGGAGGGAAAGUUCUUGUCCAUGGAAAUGCAGGGAUCUCCAGGAGUGCUGCCUUUGUUAUUGCAUACAUUAUGGAAACAUUUGGAAUGAAGUACAGAGAUGCAUUUGCUUAUGUUCAAGAAAGAAGAUUUUGUAUUAAUCCUAAUGCUGGAUUUGUCCAUCAACUUCAAGAAUAUGAAGCCAUCUACCUAGCAAAAUUAACAAUACAGAUGAUGUCACCACUCCAGAUAGAAAGGUCAUUAUCUGUUCAUUCUGGUACCACAGGCAGUUUGAAGAGAACACAUGAAGAAGAUGAUGAUUUUGGAGGCAUGCAAGUGGCGACUGCUCAGAAUGGCUGACUCAACAGCAACAUUAUAGAGGAAGUGAAUUUCUAUUUGGGAAGGAGCAAAUACUAGAGACAAUAAUAAUGUAAAAUGGUAAAAACACAAGUAGUUUCUUUUCAAUGAUAUGUUGCUUCCAGACAUGUUUCUCUACAAUUUGUUGAGCAACAUUUUAAGAAGAUGUUGGACUUCUGCAGUAGAUGGCACUGAUGGUUUUAAGCCUAUUCUUUUUUUUUUUUUUUUUUAACGUUACAGUUUUAUUAUAAACCAAGAAUUUUGGACUUGCAGAGGUAUUAUUGCAAUAAUGCACUUUUCAUACUUGAAAUUUAUUUGUAUGAUAUAAAGUUAUUACUUUAAAAAAAUGCAAGUUAGGGGGAUUUGUUUAUAUAAUUUGGGUAAUUUAUAACAAGAAUUUCCUAAAGUUUGCUAAAAAUUCAUUUUAUGUUCUAUAUAUUACAUUUAAAAAAUAAUUUAACAGUUCAGUUUUAUGAUGGAGCCUCUUACAGAAACAUUAACAAAUGCAGGAAUCUGCCACAUUUCUUUUUUAGUAUAAUUAAGUAGUUAAUUACCCUUUUUUAAAAACUUCUCUGAUUCCUUAUUACUACCUUUAAAUCAUGACAUUAGCCAACUAUUCUUACUUUAACAUGAUCCAAGUUUUGCUUCCUUUCCUGUUACUUUCCUAAUUUUAGUCUACAGAAAAAAGUUCAAUGAACAAAAGAUGUUUUAAUUAUAAAUACCAAAUACUUAAAAACAAGGAGAGUUUUAGAUUUUUAAGGGACUUUCCUUUUGCAUUUCUUAAAAGCCAAAUGCUGUUUGUUCUUUUUAGAGUUGCUUAGCCCAUUUUUUUGUCCAAAAUAGUUCUAAAUAGAAUAUAAUAAACCAGUAUAGUGCUAAUUUUUUUCUAAAUGAAGCCCAAAAAAGAAAAGUGCCUUGCAUCAUUAAAAAAUAACAAUCCUCAUGACCUUUAAAUUAGUAUGUAGAACAAUGAAAAGUUUUUAAAUAUUUUCUGUAAUUUUUUUAAACCAUAAAUUGAUUUACACUGAAAGUCUGAGGCUUGAAGAAACCUCAGUACAUUAUUCGGAAAUAUUAACUCCUCCAUUUUAUGUUGUCUUAAUGAUUCUGUGAGGUUGUUCUGGCUCAGACAGAAGCUUUUCUUUUAAGAUGCAUUUAUUGGGGAAAGUGGUUUGUGGGAGACUUUAGUGUAUUUUAGUGUUUUAAUCAGUUCUUUACAUUGAGUUAAUCCAAAUUUCCCCCAUAAUUUGCAGUAGCAAGUUACUUCAUGGAUCCUAGUUUCUCCAUAUACAUGUACAUCUAAAUUGUUCUAAGAAAAACAUUCUUGCUAUUUUAAGUAUGAUGUGAGGAAGUGAGGAAUAUUUUUAACUUUUUAUAGUUGAUGAUUUAGGUUAGCACAAACAAAACUUCUUUCUAUCUCACUUUUCUGUCCUCUCUUGAGGUGCUUUAUUGAUGGGAAUGAUUUCCAUUCGUUCCCUCGGUACCAAGAGGUACUAUGCAAGGUAACCUAUUACACCAAGUUACUUGCUUGGCUUUCCUCCCUAAAAUGUAAUAAUACAGUCAAAGCUUGUUUUAUCCAGCAUAGCAAGAGUAGAAAUGAAUUAAAAUUGCUUUGUUAAAAUAAGA